AUGCCUCCGGAAGAGGCCACCGAGCGUGUCAGCCCAGGCAAGCCGUUUCCAAUCAUCACAUACAACCUACCCUAUGAGAAAGCGUGUGCACGACACAUCAAGGCUAGCCUAAAACGCUCGAGACCGUUCAUCAUCAUCUCUCGCUCCCUCAGCCGUGAGACCGAUGCUGUCGAGCGACUGUCAAAUGCUUUGAGUCAGAAUGGUGGCCAGGUGGCUGGUGUCCACAAAGGAAUGCAACCGCAUACUCUCUUCUCCGAGGUUCUUCAGAUAAGCCAAGAAGUCAAAGACUCGGGAGCCGACUCCAUCAUCACUGUUGGAGGAGGUAGUUUGGUCGACGGCGCCAAGACAAUUGUCUUUGCCAUUGCCAACGACGUAGACACUCACGAGAAACUGGACUCACUGCUCAAGACCGCUGAGCCAAGGGGAGACCAGCCCCCGGGUGCUACCGAGCUCAAGCCUUCUACAAUGCCGAUCAUGUCCGUCACCACCACCCUCUCCGCAGGCGAGCACAACCCGCACGGCGGCGCGACCAACGACCGCACCAAGUUCAAGUACCUUUUCGAAGACCCCGUCGGCAUCGGGCCUCGGGUCAUUGUGCUCGAUCCCCGGCUCACCGUCACUGCCCCGGAGCGGGUGUGGCUCUCCACGGGCAUGCGAGCGGUCGACCACUGCGUCGAGUCGGUCUGCUCCUCGAAGCCGCACCCGGAGGGCACCAAAGCCGCGCUGAAAGGACUGUGCCUUCUGAUCCCGGCUCUUCUGCGGUCAAAGGAGGACCCGAAGGAUCUCGAGGCCAGGCUGAAUGCUCAGCGCGGGACCGCAGAGAGCAUGAAGCCGUAUGUGUAUUAUGAUGUACCGCUUGUGCAGAAAUACAAUGCAAAGACCAAUGGCGCACAACAGCAGAUAAUUCUAGAUGCUCUUUGGAGCGACCCGGUUGUUGCUAGAGUCUUUGAGCAGCAUGGUCUGGUGAAGGGCAAGGCCGAUCUAGGAGACGCGCUGGAUACCGUGAUUCGAGCCUUGGGCCUGCCGCGGAAACUGAACGAGUAUAACAUUGCUCCAAAAGAUCUCGACGCCAUUGCAGAAAACAGCCGGAAGGAUGCUUGUUGCAAAAAGAAUCCGAUACCGUUGGUUGAGAAAGACCAAGUUUUGGAGAUUUUGAGAUCUUGUCUCGAUUGA